AUGGAUAUUAGCCUCGGAGGAAACAUUUAGACACCGCAAAUUAAAAAUCAUACAGCAACACUUUACAACAAGAAACUCUAUGUCUUCGGUGGAUAUGAUGGUAAAAAGAAUCAUAGCCAGUUGAGGAUAUUUGAUACUGAAACUCUCAAAUGGAUCAAAGCCAAAAGAGCAGGAGGUAAUCCCCCACCUGGCAGAAAUGGUCAUACAGCCACUCUUGUUGGUAAAUUCAUUGAAUUCGAUGAAUAAUAGUUUAAUUUUGCUUUUAUAGAUCAUAAAUUAUAUAUACUCGGAGGAUGGUUAGGUCAGGGACCACUCGCUGCAGAUGACAUGCACAUAUUAGAUCUUAUUAAUUUUAAAUGGCUCGAUUUUAAUGUGAAGGGUCUACCUCCUGGCCCUUGCAAUAUGCAUACUGCUGAUAGUUACAACAACAAAAUAUACGUAUUUAGAGGCGGUGAUGGAAAAGAUUACUUAAAUGAUCUUCAUGAAUUGGAUACAAUCAACUUAUAAUGGACAAAGGUUACUUAAAAUGGAGCAUGUCCACCACCAAGAGCUAAUCAUAGCUCAGCAGUAGUAAAGCAGCACCUGUACAUAUUUGGAGGUUGGGAUGGUUCCAAAAGAUUGAAUGAUCUUUACAUGCUAAAUCUUGACUCAAUGACUUGGAUACAGGUGAUUGUAGAAGGAGAAUCACCAGCACCAAGAGCAGGAAUGAGUCUUUGUAACGUUGAUAAUAAAUUGUACCUCUUUGGAGGAUCAGGUCCUCAUGCUUACUGCUUCAAUGAUUUAUACUCGUUUGAUCCUGAACAAUCCAGAUGGACUUAAUGCGACAACUUUUCUAAUCCUGACAAAUAACCAAAAGCUAGAGCUGGCCAUUCAAAGACUCUGGUCGAUAGUAGAUUAUUUAUAAUUGGAGGGAGUUACGGUUAAGAUUACUUGAAAGAUGUAUAUAUUCUGGACACAGAUCCAUGUCCUCAGUUCUCCUUCUAAAACACAAGUAAAAGUAAAUUACUCAAGGGCAUCAGAGAAUACACUAAUAAAGAAGAAUUUUCUGAUAUCGUUUUUAUUGUUGAAGGCAGAAAGUUCUACGCUCACAAACUUAUCUUAUCACUUUUGAGUGAGAAGUUCAGAGUGAUGUUUACUAAUGGUAUGAUGGAGAGCAAACAGAAAGAAAUAGAAAUUCAAAACAUCAGUUACCCAGUGUUCUCCUCCAUCAUGCAUUAUCUUUACACAGGUGACUUCCAUUUUGGAGCAGACACAGAGGGUCAAGAGCUCUCUUUAGACUACAUGUUUGAGUUCCUGAGAGUUUCAGAUGAAUAUAUACUUGAAGAUGUUAAAAUGAACUGCGAAGAAUAUCUGAUAAAUAUACUGAAUACAGAAAACUACUCAUUGAUAAAUGACAUGGCAGACAUGUACAACGCUGAGAGACUUAAAGAGUACUGCAACUGGUAUUACAGGAGGCAUUCAACACAAUUCGCAGCUGAUAGUUGUAUGAGCAACGUCGAUAACAUCGAUUAUGAUGAUUGA